UCCACCUCAUAAAAUACAGCCUCUCGGCUGCCUUCGAACUUUUAGCGCCGUCCUUAGUUCCAACGAAUGGGCGAAGUUAUUGCUGACACUGGUCCUCGAUUUCCAGAGAAACGAAAGUGAAAAUGAGAUUAAUAGGACGUCUUUUCAGGGAAUUACAAGAAACCAAAAGAUUUCACAGAACUAGAUCAUUUUAUUGCGACGCUGAAGAGGUGAUAAACUCCCCAGUGGGAGGGGACUAGGUAGGACCUUUGCCGAGAAGCGAUCUGACUACGUGAAGGAAGGAGGAGGGAGAAACUUGGCUGAAAGCUGAAAUUCCAUCCGUGCCAGCUGGUGAGCAUCUAUAACUCUGUGUGUGUACAGUUUUGUCUGUGAGCCAAAGAAAGCAGAGUUUACUUCUCUCCCAAAAAGGAGGGCCAGAAUAGGCGUCAGAAGAUCUUUGUUCGAAUCCCAUCUCUGCCACUAUUUGAAUGAACCUGGGUUGUUGCAGGAAGAUGGGGAUUUCGCUUGUGUUUGUGUUCAUGUUCUCCUGGCAUCUGCUGAUUAAUGCCUUUUCUGUUUCUGUUCCCAAAGAGAAAUAUAAAGCAUGUUAUGGCAGCAAUGUGACUAUGGAAUGCAGUUUUCCAGUGGGAGAAAAAUUAGACCUGAGAGCCCUGACUGUUUAUUGGGACAAGAAAGGAAAGUUUCUUGUGAAAUUUGUUCAAGGUGAAGAAGACUUCAAAAUCCAGAACAGCAAUCCAAGAUUAAGGCAUUUGACUGACCAACUAUUCAAGGGAAAAUCUCUGCUUCAGAUCACCAACGUGAAAGUAGAAGAUGUUGGGGCUUACCGCUGCCUUAUUGGCUAUGGGGGAGCUGAUUACAAGUGGAUUACUUUGACCGUCAAUGCCCCAUAUAGCAAAAUAAACCAUAGGAUCAAAGUGGAUCCAGUCACCUCCGAAUAUGAAAUCACAUGUCAGUCAGAAGGAUAUCCUAAAGCAAAGGUCAUCUGGAAAAGUGGGGAUCAGGAUCUAAGCAGCAAAGCCACUGUGAAAUAUUCAGUUGGACAGGAAAAAUUGUUCAACAUAACAAGCACUCUCAGGGUCAAUACAACAGCAAAUGAAGUUUUCCAAUGCUUCUUUCAGGAAAAGGAUACUGGGAAAAAUACUUCAGCUCAGAUUGUCAUCCAAGAGAAAACUGCAUCAUCUAAGAUAGACCUGAGAAAUUACUUUGGGACCCUAGGAGCUGUCAUUUUCUUUGGAUUGAUUCUGAUGUUUCUCUGCUGUAGAAAAAAAAGAUGUGAGAAUGAUAGACACAGAGAAAAAGUGUCUUUCUAGACAACAACAACAACAACAAUUUCCCAGACAGCGAACUCCAAUAUGAUACAAAUACUGAGAAGGGAUAAACCCAACAUCUCAGCUUCUGAUUUAAUCUCCUGGGGUUCUCAGCCCAGCCCCUUUGAAAUUCCCUCAGUGCUUAGCAGUUUCAUAGAAAAGUGCUCCAAACACCUCAGCUUCUGGGAAGGAAACAAGGGGAGAGAAUGGUGUGAUGACGGGAAAAGAAGAGAGAAAGAAGACAUAGAAAAUGAAAAGGAAAGAACUCCCAUCUGCUUCAAAGGAUAAUUGAAUAGUUUUUGAGGCAGUAACCAAGAAAUAUUUCUAGCCUGCUUUGAGGAAACAUAGGCUGAUGUAAGGUGAAAGAGUGAAUGGUAUCUUUGUUGUUGUUGUUGUUGUUGUUGUUGUUGUUGUUGUAAUUGUGAGGUCUUUUCUAUUUUUAAAAAAUGUUU